AUGGGAAUUGAAUGCGAGGAAACCUUAACUGACGAUCCCAUAGAAGAUUUUAAUCCUUUAGAGCUAGCUACUUCAGAGAAAGAGUAUGAAGGGGAUUGUGAGAAUUUAGAAGGGUGUGCUAAUGCCAUGAGAUAUAUUAUUGCCACCCCUGCAGACUUUGAGAUAGAAGGUUAUUCUGCCGAGAUUAUGUGUGAUGUGUUAUCCAUGGAGAUUGCUAGUGUCUUACUAUGUCAACCUUGGAUUUAUGAUGUGGAUGCUCAUAAUUUUGGUAGGGAGAAUACCUAUGUCUUUACUCAUAAUGGCAAGAAAAUCAAAUUAAAACCUGCUAAGCCUAGCAUGCCCCAACCUGCCAAAGGGGAUAAGAAAUUUCUCCAAACUCCUGAUCAGAAAAAUUGUCAUAUUUUGACUCAUAAGGAAUUUGAAAAAGAAAGUGGACAAUUCGGGGUAGUGUUAGCUGUCCUUCUUAGAAGCAAGAUUCACUUAACCUCAGACUCCCAAGCUAACCCACCUCUUGAAAUUGAGAAAUUAAAAGAGGAGUUUAAGGAUGUGACCCCUGAAGACAUACUCGAUGGCCUACCUCCCAUGCAUGACAUUCAACAUGUUAUUGAUUUAGUCCCAGGAUUACAGAUACCUAAUCUUCCACACUAUAGGUUGAACCCCAAGGAGCGUGAGGAAAUGAGAAAACAAGUAGAAG